AUGCAGGGCAGUGCUGGCGGCGGCCAGGCAAGGCAGAGCGUGAAUCAGCGCAGCAGCGGGCAGCGCGAAGGCAGCACGGGCAGCAGAGCUGCAGGCGGCGUGGGCAGGGCGGCGGCAGGCAGCGUGGGCAGGGCGGCAGCAGGCAGUGUGGGCAGCGUGGGCUGCGCAGGCGUCGUGCGGUGGCAAUGCGUGUGCAGGCAGCGCACGGGCAAUGCGUGUGUGGGGCUGCAUGCGGGUUGCGCGCGGGGCAGGACAGGGUGCGAGAGGUUGCACGGGCAGGGCAGCUGCGGUCGCGCUAGCCAUGACGCGCAUGAUGCAGCCCAACCCCGCCUUCUUCGUCAGCUUCUUAUGCACCCUCAGCGCCCUCACACGCAGCGCUGUAUCCCCUGCUAUCAGUGCCCGGUACAGGUACCUGCAGGGGUGAAGGGGCAUGGUGGGGUGAAGGGAUUCGGUGGGGAGAAGGGGCAUGGUGGGGUGAAGGGGCAUGGUGGGGUGAAGGAGGACGAUGGGGUGAAGGGGCAUGGUGAGGUGAAGGGGCACACAACGAGUCAUCACCCUGUCCCCGUCCUGGUUUUCCACCUCGGCCAUCUUUGCCGCCUCUUCAGCCCGUUGUUGUAG